GCUAGUGGAAUUAUGAGCAGAGCUGACCCAGCCUUCAUCACCACCCUGUCUUGAGUCCGUGUCACACCGCGAGAAGAAAUCAGCACCACCAUGGAGAUUGGAGUCCGCAUCCUCUUGGCUUUCCUCGUGCCCCAGGUUGCCCGUGUGGGAGGCCGAGAGGACGGAGGCCACGAGGGGUGUGCGCCAGGCUUCCAGGUCAAACACUACCAGGUGGAAUUCAGUGGAGCUUUCCAGAAGGGCCAGGCGCUUAUACAAGUGGAGUUUGAUGACUGUGCGGGGAACGAGGACGUGACGUUCGAGGUGUCGGACCCCGCCUUCUACGUGGACCGAGAUUUGAAUCUGGUGCCUCGACACGAUGUCCUGCACAGCCGGCCGGUCCUGUUCAUCCACGGCCUCAGUGCACACGCAGAUGACAUGGCACAGGUGGAGGUCACUGGACUGGCGCUUCAGUCGACGCACACUCUCCGGGACAUCCUGGGUGUUGGCCAGACGCUGCCGUUCAGAUCAAAGAGAUCCCUUCUGAUCCCCCCGAUGAUCGUAACUGAGAACCAGAGAGCUCCCUUCCCCAGGAAAAUUGGCAGGUCUCAUGUGAUUUCAACAGAGAGGUUGGGGAACCAUAUCUUCCGUCUGACAGGCCCCGGUGCUGACCAGGAUCCCAAAGGUCUCUUCACCAUUGACAUCGACACAGGAGACGUGUCAGUCAGCCGCUCACUGGACCGGGAAGCCAUUGAAUCUUACCAGCUGGAAGUUUCAACCACAGACUUUGCUGGAAACCUGGCGGAGGGGCCGGCCAUUCUCCUGAUCACUGUCAUUGACCAAAAUGACAACCGGCCCAUCUUCAGAGAGCGGCACUACAACGGAGAGGUGCUCGAGGGAUCCCCUAAAGGCACCACGGUGAUGACGAUGAUGGCGCUGGACGCGGACGACCCCGGCACGGACAACGCGGCGCUGCGCUACACCAUCGUCAGGCAGUCGCCCGACAAGCCGACUCCGCACUUGUUCUACAUCGACGAAGAGAGAGGAGACAUUGUCACCGUCAUCUCCCACAAGUUACUGGACAGAGAGACACUUCCGACCACAACAUACGAGCUCGAGAUCGUGGCCAAGGACAUGGCAGGAAGUGAGGUGGGCCUAACAGGAACAGCCACGGCCACCAUUACCAUCACAGACAAGAACGACCACGCCCCCGAGUUCACGCAUCCGCUGUUUGAGGCGUACGUGGACGAGGGCUCGACGGGAGUGGUGGUCAACCUGACCGUGGACGACAGGGACGACCCAGACACCGGGGCGUGGAGAGCGAUGUACUCUAUAAUUAACGGUGAUCCCACACUGAGCUUCGAAAUCCAAACCAACCCAGACAAUAAUGAGGGAAUGCUGUCUGUUGCCAAGCCUCUGGACUACGAGGCCACGGCGUUCCACACGCUGCUCAUCAAAGUGGAGAACGAGGACAUUCUGGUUCCUGACGUCGGCUACGGCCCCAGCUCCACGGCCACUGUCCAUGUCACCGUGCUGGACAUCAACGAGGGCCCCGUCUUCUUCCCCGACCCCCUGAUGGUCACCAGGAUGGAGAACAUUCCUUUAGGCAGCUUCGUGGCCUCACUCAACGCGACAGAUCCAGAUACUUUACAGAUCCAGAGCAUCAGGUACGCUGUUCUGCGAGACCCAGCAGGCUGGCUGAGUGUGAGCCCAGUCACAGGGACUGUCAACACCUCGGCCUCGCUGGACCGCGAGUCUCCUUAUGUCCGUGACAAUAAGUACACAGCUGUCUUCAUCGCCACAGAUAAAGGCAGCCCUCCAGCCACAGGGACCGGAUCAUUGGUCAUUCACCUGGAAGACUACAAUGACAAUGCCCCCUUUGUGGUGCCGUCUGUAGCGCAGGUGUGUGAAGACGCCCAGGACAGGAACGUGGUCAUAGUUGGGGGGCGGGACAUGGACCUCGCGCCCAACGCCGCACCCUUUAAGAUAGAGCUGGGGAAACAGCUCGGCCUCGAUAAAACAUGGAAGGUCACCAGGGUUAACUCCACACACUCCCAAAUCAUGCUGUUGCACACUCUGAAGAAAGCCAACUACCAGCUCCCGCUGCUCAUCACUGACUCAGGGGUGCCCCCUUUGUCCAACAACACAGAGUUCAAAGUUCAAGUGUGCGUCUGUCAGAAGAACAAGAUGCACUGCAGCUCUGGCCACGCCCACCGUGCCAGCCUUCAGCUCGUGCUGCUCGCAACACUCCUGCUCGCCCUUCUCUCGGGCCGGGCUGCACCGACGGCCGAGCUCCCGUCCCGGUCGGGGAGGAGCAUUGACUUGUUGAUGUGUUCCUUUGUUUUCUCGUCGCAGACUGUGUUUGAUCUUGUUUCCCUCGUUAAGCGGAGAGAACAAAGCCCGUGUCUGUGUCUGCAGUGGUCGUUUUAGGACGAGGUGGUAGCCAUAAGCCUUCAACGUCAGAAACUCUCCGGAGUCGUUUCUUCGAUUUGCUUCUGUUUUUAUUGCAUUAGUUGUCAUGGAGUGGAAAACAGUAUAUCUUUAUAGUAACGGUGUAAACCUUUAAAAAAAAAAAGUACUAUUAUAUAAAUAUUUUAUUUUUUACCAUUGUAUAAAUAUACAGUAUUGAUUAUUAACUUAUGUACUUUGAUUGCAAGUUCUUUUGUCGCACACAGUGAGUAAAUAAAAAAGAGGAAUUCUUUUUUCUGUGAAUUUUAGGCACUAUUUCUAAUGCUAUUGAUGUGUUGACUAUUCUAUCGUAACAUCCUUUCUUUGAUUUUUUAAAAUCAUUUUAAAUCUGUGGUUAAUUGCAGAAUCCGGAGUCUUGUUUUGAUGGCUGCCGUGUGUUUAGGUUAUCUUCCGUCUCUCCUCUCCAUCUGUCAUUUCAAGUCUCAAGAAGAUGUGUCAGAAGAAAUCGAAAGCUGUGGUUUUGGUGGAUAGUUUUGCGUUUUUUUUCUUGCUCAUCAAAAGAAGGUAGCUCGUGUGGAGGACCGCCGUAAAGAAAAAGAUGACAUUUUGAAUGAGUUACGUCUGUCUUUUGCACUAAUUUAAUAAAGCCGUUACUGAAAAUUCA